AUGGUUUCUGGCAGAAUAAUUAAGCUGGUGGUUUUUGAGCUUCUUGAGUUUGCUGCCUUCUCCGUUCCUACCCUUGUGAUAAUGGAACAGUUUGCUGCUGCGUAUCAGAAAACAAGGAACGGAGCUGAAAGAACGCACUAUUGGCUCAUUGUUUCCUGCUCCAUUGCCUAUGUGGCUGCAGUGAGUCUCUUGAUCUGGGUUCCGAUAAAAGUUAUCUUAUUCAAGAAGUGGCAUCUUUACAAAAAAAUUGUAGGAUGGAGACCUGUUCUGAUGAUGUGUGUGGUGCUCACCACUCUUCCCAGCUUCAGCUUUUCCAUAGCAGCCACUGAGGUUCAAAAGAAUGGCACCGGAACAGUUCCAGUUUUACCGACUGGUCCUUUCCUUGACAUGCCAGUGUCUCUGAUUCUAUUGUCUCUGAUCGUGGUUGAUAUUAUUGAGAGACUCAGGAUAUAUCCUCUAAGAGGGCAUCAAAUGAGUUAUGAAGACAAAAACAUCUAUGUAACAUCUUUGCAGCAGAUAAAAACUGUGACGGAACAGGUGGGACGUGGUGGCGAGAAUCCUGCACCUGCCCAGACAGCCAAGCCUACCAUGAUGUCCCCACCUCACACCAACAUGGGUGCGCUGGCGGGGCCCAUAGAACCCUAUUUUGACUCCGGAAUCCGGAGGACGAUGUCUCACGGAGAUGUCCGGGCCCAGCUGUUUCUGAGAAGCUUCCUCACAUGGUCGGACACUAUAGAAAUGAUGCGUGUGGCUGGGCUCCCACAGGUGUACAACUCGGGCUGGGUGUACCCGGUCUACAUAUUCAGUUUUAUAUCUCUCCUUCGAAUGGUCUUCACCCCUAAGAACCCUCUUCUCGGCUUCCUGGGUGUCCUGCUGCAGGAUUUCCCCUUUAUUUUCCUUAGGCUCAGCUUAAUCGUUACCCUGGGGACGAUCACGCCAGUACUGGGCCUUUGUAAAAACAUCCUAGUGACUAUCUCCUAUAUCUACUUCAAUCACUUAACCAAGCUCAGGCCUUUCUCAGCCUUUGAAACCUCUCCUUUUUAA